AUGUACGAGCCGCGACGAUAUGCAGAAUGGUUACACAGCGAGGUCUUUCUGCCCGUCGUCGUUGUAAUUGGAAGCGAGGCGGCCAAAGCACGGGUAAAGGAUGUUAAUGGUUUGUCGCUGGCGGAGCUCUUCGCCCCUUUCGGUGGCCACUUCCGGGGAAUCUCGGUGUCAGCCCAAUCCUUGGAAAGACAGAUCCCUAUCGAAAAUCUACGGGUCCGCUACGCUGACGCUGACCUGGCAGUCCAACUCAGCACGUUACAAGCAGACCAGGUGGCUGCAUGGACAGUAGAAUCUAGUGCAUUGGCAGGGAGACCCAACAGCCUUGAGCCUCCAAGCCCAUGGUAUGAGCAGUGGCGCAAUGCAUUGUUCGGAUCUCUGAGAUGGUCUGAGCACGAGGCUUUGGACCAACCCGCAGCCGCCAUGCUGGUGGUCUUGUCCAAAGAGCCUGAUCCGGUCAUGCAGUUGGAACAGCUGCUCCACGCUUCCAAGAUGCCACCGUUGUGCACUCAAGGAGUGCUGGAUCCUGUUCCCUCACGGGUCGCUGUGCUUCUCCACGACGUUUCAGAUCCAGAGAGCCCCACGCAAGAAGAUUUUACCAGGAAUCUGGAAAGCAUCAGGGCACGUUUUGCCCCGAAUCUGGUCUUGGCGCUUCAAAUCAACCAUGGCUGCGCAGACUUCCUCAUGCCAGAGGCAGAGGACUUAUUCAAAUCCUUUCUGGUGCAGACUGCUCCCCCGCCGCCACCACCAGCAGAGGCUGCGGACACAGCGAAGCCCAACCCGGCCAGCCCGGGAUCGCGCCUCACGCGUGAAGAUCUUCAAAGCUUGGCGCAGGUUGGAACAGAAGUGGUGGUAAAGAGUGCCGUGCCGUGGAUGGAGAAGCAGCUCCAGCAGCUGGAGGCACAGAUCUCGCAGGCUCGUAAGGGCUUCCGCAACCAGCUGAAGUAUCUGUGGCGCAAGCCACGCGAGGGAGAGUUGCUGCCCGACUUCUCAGGCAACGCCUGCGGCUGGCUUAGCCAGGCACCACUGAGGAUGGACGUCAUCACAGAGGCUAAGAGGAGGUCCGUGCAGCACUGCGCAGGUGAGCUCUCAGAGUCCACAUGGACAUCUUCGGUUCUGAACAUCGAAGUGUUGAUUCUUGCGAGGCCGGUGGUGGUGGAAAGAAAGGCAGAUGCAAGCGCGCUGGAAACAGCGGAGCUGCCUGUAGCAGUCAAGAUACCCCUGGACAAGCAGUAUGUUCCUGUUAUCAGGAACAACCGCACAGUCAUGUACAAGACUGCCUAUUUCGGCACCAUUUUUGUGGGCCUUCCUCGCCCCCAAAAGUUCACAGUCGUUUUUGAUACUGGCUCUGGGCAUUUCAUUGUCCCUUCGAAGAAGUGUGAGAUGCCUGCCUGCGCGAAUCACACCGCUUAUGAUCGCAGCUUGUCGUCUUCUGCGGUCGACCUUGACCACGAUGGCAACGUUGUUCCCGCAGAUUCCGAGCGAGACCAGGUUGCCAUAGCGUAUGGAACUGGGGAAGUUGUUGGCGAGUUCUCACGCGAGGCCGUUUGCCUGUCCAACUAUGAUGGUGAAGCAGAGGAGGCAGCGCUGAAGCACCCCGACUGCCUCCAGGUGAGGGUUGUGCAAGCCACGGAGAUGACCGAUGAGCCAUUCCAGCAAUUCGAGUUUGACGGAGUGCUGGGGCUGGGCUUGGAAAGCUUGGCGCUGGAUCCAGAGUUCAGCUUCUACGGCCAGCUUACGAGGAAGUCUGAGACACUUGCCUGCCACUACCGACGUGCACAUCUGCGGUUGGUGACAAUGCCAAUCUACGAGGAGAAGCUGAUCUGUCCUUUGGCGAUCCACUUCACCCAGGAGCACAUCAAGACCCACUUUCAAGAUGGCCGUCUUGUGGAAGCGACGAUUCCGGAAAUCCUGGCAGCCCCAUCAGGCGGUGCAGACUAUGACAUCAUUUUGAAGGCGCCGUUCCCGAACAUUGAGAUCCUCCGGUGGCACGCUCCUGACUGUGGAGAUAAGGAAGAGCAGUGGUACACAUUAGACAACCGACGGCUCUAUUGUUUACAGCGCAUGGCCGUGGAGCACUGGCCCAAGCGCGUGGCGGCCGUUGUUGACAUAUUGUAUGCUGACAACGGCAAGGUGAGGAGGAAGUAUGACUCAACAACGAGCGGACGCUCCGUAACCAUCUCUCCCUCCGUCAAGGUACCAGCGCUUAGCAGGUGGGACUGGCGGCUUCGCGUGGACCCUGAACCUGAUCCCACCGCAGCAGUGGCGGCCUACGAAGCCGUAAACUCGGACAAGUCAAAGCCGUCCGUGAGCGAGCUCUGCGAUGUACCCGGCCCAGCUUUUGAAGCUUUGCUUCGAGCUUCGACCGCAUCCUUCGUUUCCAACUUGGCGGCACUCCUCGCCGCGAAACCGGAAGCCGAAGAACCCGUGGCGCCAUCUCCCACAGAGAGUACGGCGGCUUCCUCAGAUGGCUCUGAAAGCCGCGAAGAGACCCCGCGAAAGGAAGUCGGAAAGCCCAAGCUCCUUUUGCAGAAAGCAGAAGAUGAGGCCAAAGCUGGUCAAGCCGAUGGUCUCGAACAACAGGCGGUGCGGCUGGUACAAGCCCAACUUUGCCAGCCUGGCCGCAAAGGAUUUGUAUGGAUUGACAAUUGGCACGACCACUUUCAAAAACAACUGGGCAGUCUUCGAACUUUCUUGGAGGGCAAGCCGGAUCUUUUCGUCGUGAAGCCAGGCAGAGGGCGAAGUUACAGGGUGGAGGCGGUUCCACCUAUUCAUGCUUCUGAGACGAUGUGGAAAAAGAAAACGUCUCAAAGAUCCACUGGGCGUAAGGACGUGUGUUGCGCUCUCACAGGAGAGGACCUGAUGAGCCAGCUCGCUCCCAUCUUCGGUGUCUUCAUCGCUAAGGAGGACAAAGACGCAAGCGAGAUCUCCCUUGGUGGCUCAAUUCCCGGUACCGAACUAGUAGAAACACCCUUUCUCCAAACGGAGAGUCAUCUACGCUCUAACUACCACUUUUUCAGGUGUGGCACCCAGAAGCCAUGUGUCAUCAUGGCGAAGCAACUCCUGGCCGCAGCCACAAGGGUCGCUGUGCUCAUCCUUUCUCUCAACUUCGUGGAAUCUGCUGAAAGCUCGGGGGUCGGGGAUGCGACCUCUUUCUUGGCGCUUCCUCCGCUCGGCAAAGGCACCCUUCCCAAGAGGGUUGAGCAGGAGACCGUACCCGGCACCGCACCAGAUCUUGCCUCGGCCCUUGCAGCCCUCAAGGCUAAGGCCGAACAGGCCAAGGUGCCUUCGGAAGCGCAGGCUGAACCGAGUCAGACCAAUGCGCCUGUCAAGAUCCUGGAUCAAAGCUGCAACGGCAGCCAGCACGCCCCAGAUUUGGCCGGAGAUCUUGCAGCACUCUUAGCAAAGAAGAAUCAGGAAAAUGCGACACAGGCUUUGGCAAAGCCAUCUGCCGAUCACUUGCAUACCGUCCGUCUUAUCAAGCAGUACGUCCCCAUUGAAAAGAAUGGCACUGUUGUGGCAUACAAGACUGCGUACUUCGGGAAGAUGCAUGUGGGCAGUCCGCAGCCGCAGAACUUCACGGUCGUGUUUGAUACGGGCUCGGCUCACUUGGUCAUACCCAACAGUGCCUGCCAGAGAGACACAUGCCUCAAACACAACCGAUACAACGAGUCUAUGUCGGAAAGUGCUGUGCCCAUCGAGCACGAUGGCACUGUUUUACCAAAGGGAGGUAUUUCUCAGCACUCCGUCAGCAUUACCUUCGGCACAGGUAAGGUCUCAGGGACGUUUGUCAAAGACAAGGCAUGCCUAGGAGGCGCGGAUUCGGAGAACCCAGGCUGUGCCACGGUGAAUAUGGUUGUUGCCAAUGACAUGAGUGACCAACCUUUCAGCUUGUUUCACUUUGAUGGCAUCUUGGGGCUGGGCUUGGAAGCUCUUUCUCUCGGCCCUGGCUUCAGCUUCUUCGGGCAAAUGGCUGCCGAGCUGCCGAUGCAAUCCCGAUUUUCGGUCUUUCUGGCCCGCAGUGACCAGGGCCAGAGCAGCAUCUCCUUCGGAGGUCACGAUGAGAGCAAAGCCGCAUCAGGCUUCUCCUGGGUACCCGUGGCCAAGCCAGAGUUGGGCUACUGGCAGGUGCAGGUAUAUCAGGUAAGGAUUGGUGAUGCAGUCCUGGAUGAGUGCGCCGACGGAGGCUGUCGCGCUAUCCUGGACACGGGCACGUCCCUGCUUGGAGCUCCACGACAGGCCAUCAAGACACUCCAUUCGCUGCUGUCUCGAAAUGUCCUAGUUGCUCCACAGGGAAUCGGCAACGGAGAAGGCUUCGUCACGCAAGAGAUGGCAGAUCAAGCGCUGGCAAGAGAUUGCAGAGAGCAGGAGGGCGCUCUUCUCACUUUCGACUUGGGCCCGGAGGUUCCCGGAAUCGCGUUGGAUCCGGAGGACUACUUUCGACCAAAGCCUUUCAAUAUGACUGUGCCUGAGGCUCCAGAUGCCUGGAAGCUGACCUGUCGGUCGCUUCUGCUGCCUCUGGAUCUAAAGGAACCUCUUGGCCCCCGAACCUUCAUCUUGGGCGAGCCGGUCCUCAGGAAGUACUACACCAUCUAUGACUGGGCCUCACGCCGAGUCGGCUUUGCAAAAGCUGACCAUAGUCAAGAUGGUGAAGUCGAGGGCGCGAUCGAUUCACCAGAGGAGGGAUCGCUCAUUGCAGGGGCCCCCCUGAGCAGGAAAGGCAACGGCAGCAUUUCUAGCGCGAGCAUAAACAUGGAGAGAGUAUCCUCGGAGCUGCAUUGGGCCCCCGUAGCAAAGCCAGAGCAUGGGCACUGGCAGUUAGCUGUCAGAAGCAUCCGAGUUGGCAACGAGACAGUGGACCUCUGCGACACCGGCGACUGCACUGCAAUCGCAGACACAGGGACGUCUCUCAUAGGUGUGCCAAAGGCCUAUGUCCAAAAGAUGCAUUGGCUCUUGGCACGACGGGUUGACGAUGACAAAGUGCCUCCGGCAGACUCCUCUGAGUAUUUUGACUGCAGGAACCAGCAAGGGCCGGACAUCGUCUUUGACCUCGGUGAUGGGCUAGAACUUACGGUUGGUGCAGAGGAAUACUCCCGUCCAGCAGCCCUGCGUGUCAUCACGAAUGCCACUGGUGAGGAGGAGCUUAUAUGCCGAGCUUCUCUCCUGCCGGUUGAGGAGAUACCAUCCAUAGGUCCCAAGGCGUGGAUUCUAGGCGAGCCGGUGCUCCGCAAGUACUACUCAGCUUACGACUGGAAGCGAGAGCACGUGGCCCGGAGUUUGCUGAAAAGCUUUCGGACGAAUGCUGCAACACCUGGCAGCGUCUUUUGGUUCGAGCGCGGCCCCAGCUUUCUCUCCCAGCUUCGUCACAUGCAGAUGGGCGUCUGCCGAAGGCUGCGGCUCAGGAGGAAAUCCACGCCGCAGAAUGCUGCUGAAUCGCAACGAACUCCGAUAUUGUCGGACUUGCCGGUGAUUUUGCUUCGCAACAUCUUGGAAGUACUACACUUGCCUGAGCUGGCUGCGUUGCAAAUGGCGAGCGCUGAGUACCAGCAGAUUCUGCGAAAUGCCAUUGGGGAGGAGGCCGCAGCGCCCGUUUUGGUAUUCUUGCAGAUUGACACCGCUGCUGCUGGAGCUGCUGGAGUAGAGGUCUGCGACGUUUCUGCCUUUCGAGCACAGUCGUGGAGCCCAGGGCGACCUUUGACGAUCAGCGCCAAGCUGCCAAGCGCGGAGCUGGACUUGUGGACGGAGCACUUAGCGCAGUUUUUCCCUGGCCGCCUUCUCUGCUUCCCGCAGUUCGAGGUGAGAGGACUGGCAGGGGUGUCGCAGCUGUGUGAGCUGAGAUCCCUUGAAUCCCAGCUCGGACAGCUCAAAUGCCUUCGCUUGCAGAGCCUUGAGGAGGAGGACGUCACAGGGUUUGUGUCGCUCCUGCGCAAGAUGUCCCUCGAAUCGCUACAGAUCAAGGACUUUGCAAUUGACAGGCCGACUCCUGCGACUCUGGCACCGAUUCUCAGAGCUCUUCCUUCGACCUGCACCGAGUUGGAUAUUCGCUACGUUCUUCCCGCA